CCAAAAGUGGUUCAAUUGGACGCUGAGAUCGCCUUCAAUGGUCUCACAGACGAAGAGAAACUUUACGCGCAUUACUUGUCGAAGAGCUGUUGGUUUGGAUCCAUUGUCUGCUUGUUUCAGACUUCUCCCGAAUCUCCGCUUAUAUUCACUCUCUUUCGGCGUUUAUUUGCCGAACAAUCGGUCGAAGAGUUGAAGGCUUUAUCCCAAAGUGUGGCUCAAUUUGAUGACAACGAGUGGCGGGCAUUAUUAGUGUAUUUGUCGGCGUUUUUGUCAAAUAUGGGAAAUUAUCGCUCUUUCGGAGACUCGAAAUUCAUUCCCGAUUUGUCCGCCAAUAAAAUGGACGCUUUUGUCCGCAAUUCCGCCGCUUUUCGCAACAAUCAGAAGGAAUUGGAAUUCAUUUGGACUAAUGUUAAGCAAAGAAUGUUUUCUCUCGAGAAAAACGAAUUGAGUCUCGCUUUCGCUCCAGAAGGAACGACGACUUAUUUCUCGAAGAACUGCACGAAAGAAGAUUCAGAAAUCGUCAAAAACUUUAUGCAAACAAUUAACAUGGAUUCAUACAAUUGUCGCGUUUUCAAAGACAACGACAAAUAUGAGAUCAGAUUCGCGUCCAUUUCGUGCAGACUUCUGGGCCUCCUGUCGCUAAUAGAAGCCGGCUGCCAAUUUGCGAGAAAUGAGACCGAGAGUCAAAUGCUUGACCAAUACAUCCGUCACUUCCAAUCGGGAGAUCUUCGCCGCCAUAAAGACGGCUCUCGAUUCUGGAUUCGCGACAAAAAGCCGAUUGUGGAGACGUAUAUCGGAUUCAUUGAGAACUAUAGAGAUCCGGCGGGAAUGCGGGCAGAAUUUGAAGGCAUUCUUGAAGCGCGUGUUUUUGAUCACAAUUUUCAUGUUUUUCUUUCCUUAGGUUUCGUUUCGAUUGUAAACAAAGAAUUGUCGAAAAAAGUUCGAAAAGGAUCGUCGUCUGAAGACCCGGAGGACAGCGAUUAUCUUCGGCCGACGGCAGCGACGGAUCCGAAGUUUGUGUUAACGCGCGGCGAUUAUUCACCGCUUCUGAAGAUUGCGAACAAAUACUUAUUGAAAGCGAAGGAAUUCGCGAGAAAUGAGACCGAGAGUCAAAUGCUUGACCAAUACAUCCGUCACUUCCAAUCGGGAGAUCUUCGGCGCCAUAAAGACGGCUCGCGAUUCUGGAUUCGCGACAAAAAGCCGAUUGUGGAGACGUAUAUUGGAUUCAUUGAGAACUAUAGAGAUCCGGCGGGAAUGCGGGCAGAAUUUGAAGGCAUUCUUGAAUCGCGUGUUUUUGAUCACAAUUUUCACAUUUUUCUUUCCUUAGGUUUCGUUUCGAUUGUAAACAAAGAAUUGUCGAAAAAGUUCGAGUCUUUGGUCUCGAAUGCGCCCUCUUUUCUGCCAUUACUUCCGUGGCCUAAAGAGUUCGAAAAGGAUCGCUUCCUUCAGCCGGACUUCACGUCACUGGAUGUGUUGACGUUCACGGGUUCGGGAAUCCCGGCCGGAAUCAAUAUUCCCAACUAUUCGGAAAUCAGACAAAACGAGGGCUUUAAGAACGUGUCGCUCGGGAAUGUGAUCACCGCCGCCUUCAGUGAUCCCAAACCCAACUUCUUGAGCGCCGACGACGCGAAACUCACCGAGAAGUACAUAAUCGACAGUUUCGAGGUUCAGGUCGGACUCCACGAGCUUUUGGGUCACGGAAGCGGAAAACAGCUCCAAAUAGAAGACGGAAAACCCAACUUUGACGCCGAGAAAACUAUAAACCCGUUGACGGGCGACAAAGUGGACAAGUGGUACAAAAAGGGCGAAUCCUAUGACUCUGUGUUCGCAUCUCUCGGCAGCGCUUACGAAGAAUGUCGCGCCGAAAGCGUCGGUCUUUAUCUGAGUCUCGAAUCCGAAGUUUUAAAAAUCUUUGGCUUUUCGGGAGCCGACGCCGAUCACGUGGUUUACGUCAAUUGGCUUUCAAUGGUUCAAAAGGGAAUCUUGAGUCUCGCGAUGUAUAACACCACUGUUGGGAAGUGGGGUCAGGCCCACAGUCGCGCCCGUUAUGUCAUAACACGCGUGCUUCUGGAAGCGUCUCCGGACUUGGUUUCCAUUGAAUUGGUCGAGAAGUCUCCCGAAGACGGAAAUCGCGAUCUUUCCAUUCGUUUGAAUCGAGAACUGAUCGCUUCGGUGGGAAAGAAAGCGAUCGGAGACUUUCUGCUCAAACUUCAAGUGUAUAAGUCUUUGGGAGACAUUGAAUCCGCUGAACGCAUGUUCGACGCCUACAGUCGAGUGUCCAACGACUUGGAGCACCCGUUCCUCACGUACAGGGAAGUAGUGUUGGAGCGCAAGAAACCGCGCAAAGUCUACAUCCAGUCGUCGACCGAUCUGUCGGAGGGCAAAGUGGUGGCCAAGAAGUACGCGUCCACUCACGAGGCACUCGUCCAGUCGUUCGCCGAUCACUUGCGCGACAAUGAGUUUGAUUUGAACGCAAUUGUUUUGGAUUUGUGGCGCAAAGACUUUAAACACUUUUAUUAACGAUUUUAUACGUUAACUUUCCCUUUUGAACCAUUGAAAGCCAAUUGA